UCUCCUCUCUCUGAUGGAGAUCCCCACUUCGCUCCCAGCGGGGUGCUGCGGCUUGUGAAGCGCUCAGAGCCACCCUGCUGGAGCAGGGCAAGCUGCUUGAGGGAGACACACCCUGGAAGCCAGACUCGGAGACCAUCCCCCCUGCCCUGAGCCCUCCCGGGUUUCUGUCAGGCAGAGGUGACGCCUUUCUGUUGCUCGGGUCGGGGCACAAAGUAAAGGUGAACCUGGUAGAAAUGGGGGGGGGGGACAUGACUGCACGUGCCCCCCCAGCUAUGUCCCCUGGGGAUCUCCACAUCAAAAGGGUUCCUCCGAGAGAGUGGCCCAAAGCUGGGGGCCUAGCACUGAUCCUGUGGCACCCUGACAGUAGGAUUGGUUCCGUUCAUGUGAAUGAUGCUGGUCUCCAGGCAGGUGGCUUAGUGAGUCAGACACUUUGUGCCUUCCCUUUCCCACUCACUGCAUAGCAGGACAAAGCCCACAGGGAAACUGAGGCACACUGCUCAUAAAAAUAUUGCCUGAAUUUCCACCUCCACACAAGUGCUCCGCAGGGUGAGGGCUACUCUCACUUGCCCCGUUCAGUCCCCCGGAGCGUGGCUGGUGCUGCCUUGGACCCACCCACGGCCCGUCUGGAAGCCGGGUCUGGAACAUGCCUCUUCCCAUAGGUGCUGGGUGUCAUGAUUGGCGUUGGUGUUUCCGUGUUGCUCGUCGCCACCUUGAUCCUGGUGCUGGUCCGCAGGCUGCGCCUCAAGAAGGUUCAGGCUCAGGAGACCCCCAAGUAUCGAUUCCGCAAGCGGGACAAAGUGCUGUUCUACGGGCGCAAGAUCAUGCGCAAGGUAUGGGGCUGGGGCAGAGCACCAUGCACUGGCCCGGGCUGGGGAGUCAGUGGGGGCUGGCAGUGAAAGUGUUGAUGGCUCUGCCAGCUCCAGUGUAGUGCUCCAAUCCCUGUCCCCCUCC